UGUGGAUAUGACGACGCCGCGCGCGACGACGCGCGCGACGACGCGAUCGACCGCAGCGCGCGCUCAAACGCGUGAGAUCUUCGCGUCGACGACGCGCGUCGCGCGCGCGCGAGGACGCGCGACGACGGUCGUGCGGGCCGCGACCAUCACCAUCGAGGAAGCCGGGAAAGUGUUGUCGCACGUCGUGCACGCGACGACGGUCGAGCCUGAUUAUCGAGUCUUGAAGCUUGGAUUGUCGCUGUCGAACGUCACCGAUCCUGGCGCCGUCACCGACGUCGUCGCGGCGAAGACGGGGAAGGAGGCGAAGUCGGUGGCGUGGGUGGUGGAACGCGCGAGCGCGAGCGAGGGCAAGCGAGACGUCGACGAGUUUUGGGCGAACGUAAACGCGGAGGCGAUCCGACAGUUGUUCCCGAGCGUGACGCCGGGUAACGAAACCGCCGCGCUAUUGCGGUCGUUGUAUUUCAAAGCCGAACGCGCGGCGUUGAGUGAGUGCGUUGGUGGCUUGGCGACGUGCGCGUUGCUUCGCAAAUUGACGCAAACGCGCGCGCUCGUUGCUCGCGAUGGGCGCGUCGUGCGCGACGUGCGCGCGAUGAAGGCACCACGGCCGUUGAAAGGGGGACUAUUUGCCAAUCCCGAGAUUUUGUAUCACGGCGAGAAGGGCCCGAAGUCGAGGCGGAACUUGCUCACGCACGAAUUCGACGAAUCGAUUGCGGCGAAAUUAGGCACGCGCGCGGCGUUUCAUCAAACGGCCAUCGUGCGCAUAGACGACGCGCCAGAUGCGAAUGAUGACGCGCAGGUUUGGUUAGAGAUCGACAUCGCGGGACCUGCGUUGGAUAAUUACGAGUUUUCCGACGAUGGCGCCGUGCCACUGUGCGUCGCGAGCGUAUCGGCAGCUGAGCGCGCGGGUUGGACGACGACUGUCGACGAGCUUCUAGCGAGUUCUUCCGCGGACGAUAUCGCCGCCGCCGACGCGUUCGCCGAUCGCGCGUACUCUAUUCUAGUCUCAGUGUAA